AUGGCUUGGGCUGCCGGUUGUCCAUGGCAACGCAAGGGGCGGGGCGAGAACCGGAAGUUGGGCGCCGUGGGAGGAAAAGGGCGUCGGUCUACAGAGGUGCGCGUGCGCAGUAUGUCCGGGGACCAAGAUGCAGAGGAGGGGCUGGCCGCUGUCACAGCCCAGGUGCCCGCCUCCGCCUGGCUCCGCCCAGGCCUCGGAAAGGUGAGACCGUGGGCGGGGCUGGCUGUUGGGGGUCGGCAGGACGUGGUGACUAUAUUGGCCCGCCAGACCGUCCCACACCUGCCGCCCUCGAUGGGUCCUCUACCUCCCUGCCCACCAAUAAUGCUGCUUCUGCUUCUGCUGGGACCUGGACCUGAAGCCAGCCAGGUCCCCAGGAGGCCACAUGUGUACAGACGUGGGAUCCUGGAACUGGCGGGGACCGUGGGUUGUGUCGGAUCCCGUUCACCCAUAGCUUACAUGAAUUAUGGCUGCUUUUGUGGUCUGGGUGGCAGCGGCCAGCCUCGUGAUGACGUUGACUGGUGCUGCCGUCGUCACGACUGCUGCUACUUCCGAGCUGAAGAGGCCGGUUGCAGCCCCAAGACGGAGCGCUACUCCUGGCAGUGUGUCAACCAGACCAUCCAGUGUGGACCAGCAGAGAACGAAUGCCAAAAACUCAUGUGCCAGUGUGACGAGGAGAUUGCUUACUGCCUCGCCAAGGCUGAGUACCACAUAAAGUACCUCUUCUACCCCCACUUUCUAUGUGAGGCAGACUCGCCCAAGUGUGACUGACUGGGCGGACUUUGAUGUGUUCAUUUGCACAAGCAAAUAAAAUUCCUUUUCACUACUGAACAAUGGCAGUCAGUUUUCUGCAGGAGGCAACUGAGGCCAAGCGAUAAAGUGGAGAAAGCCUUGUGUUUGCUUUCUCUCUUCAUCUGGGAACUCAGGACUGGAGCUGAUUAGGUUCCAGUUUGAUGAAGGGCAAAAAAGUCCUGGGCUUAUGUUGUAAAAUGACAGCUGUGCUGAGCUUGGUAUCAUUUAGGGGAUUCAAAGUGGAACCCUCUUGUGGAA